AUGCGGACCGUUACCGGAAUGUAUAGGGCGGUAAAGCUUGACUAUCCGUUGCAUACCACCUCGAAGAUGUAUUUAUCGGCGGUGGCGAACAAGCGCGUGCGCAGCAGGCAGGCGGGACUAAGAGGGUCAAGAGGAUAUCCUACUCCCAUCAAAGAAGACACAUUCUGUUCAUAUCUUUGCACAGAACAAGGGGCUGUGGUUGGUCGGAAGGCCAUUGUUCUCAUUGUUGUGAUUCCAUACGCCUGCGCUGCAGUCUUCCUGAUUGCAAUUUGCUUCCUGUCCGACAGAUACAACACCAAAGGCCCGUUUCUCAUCGGCACCCUCUCAGUCUCUUGCAUAGGCUACAUAAUACUCCUUUCCGUGCGCUCCAUCCCGGUCUUGAUCUUCGCCACCUGCCUGAUCACAGCCGGUCUGUACCCGAGCGUGAUCCUGCUGACUUCGUGGCUCGGCAUCAACACCUGCGGCUUCACCAAGCGCGGCACUACCUGGGCCAUGGCUGAGGUCUUCGGACAAUGUUUCUCCAUCAUGGGAACGCACGUUUACGACCACCCACCACGCUUCGCCAAGGGACAUUCCAUCGUCCUGGGUAUGCUACUUGUUGCCAUCAUCAUGGCCACGUCGAAUAUCUUCUGGAUGAGAUAUCAGAACAAGCGCAAGGAAGCGGAGGUGGAGCGUUACCGUUCCUCUGGCGAGCUUCAUCCACACUUUGAACGGAGCUUGGAGGACGAGGGCGACCAGCAUCUGGCAUUCAGGUAUAUUCUGUAA